AUGGUCACAAUUGAGUCCGACUCAGACUUCUACGACGUUUUUGAGAUCCUGGGAAAAGGCACGUUUGGGGAAGUGGUGAAGAGCUGGAAGCGCAGCACCGGGGAGAUGGUGGCCAUAAAAAUCCUGAAGAACGACUCCUAUCGCAGCCGGAUCAUCAAGAACGAGCUGAAGCUGCUCCAGACCAUGUCCGAGGUGGAUACAGAGGCCGCCCACAUCGUCCAGUUCCAUGAGUUUUUCCACGAUGAGCUCAAGUUCUACCUCGUCUUUGAGCUGCUGGAGCAGAACCUCUUUGACUUCCAGAAGGAGCACAACUUCUCCCCGCUGGCAGUCCGGCACAUCCGGACGGUGACCACGCAGGUCCUGAGAGCCCUGGCCAAGCUGAAGGAGCUCUCCAUCAUCCAUGCAGACCUGAAGCCUGAGAACAUCAUGCUGGUGGAUCAGGUGAGAUUUCCUUUCCGUGUCAAGGUGAUCGACUUCGGCUCGGCCAGCAUCUUCAGCGAAGUGCGCUACGUCAAAGAGCCAUACAUCCAGUCCCGCUUCUACCGAGCCCCCGAGAUCUUGCUGGGCCUGCCCUUCUGCGAGAAGGUGGACGUGUGGUCCCUGGGCUGCGUCAUGGCGGAGCUGCACCUCGGCUGGCCGCUCUACCCUGGGAACAACGAGUAUGAUCAGAUCCGGUACAUCUGCGAGACGCAAGGGAUGCCCAGGCCCACCCUCCUCAAUGCAGCCAGGAAGGCCCACCUCUUCUUCAAGAGGAGCCAGCACCCAGAGGUCGCCAACUCCUGGCAGCUGAAGACCCCGGCGGAGUUCCUCGCGGACACCAAGGUGAAGUCCAUGGAAAGGAGGAAGUACAUGCUGAAGUCCCUCGACCAGAUGGAGACCGUGAACAUCCACAAGAUGAUCUACCCAGACACGGAGGCGGUGGCCGAGUACUUCGACCUCCGCAGCAUGGUGGAGCUCAUCACGCGGAUGCUGACCUGGGACUCGCACGAGCGCAUCACCCCCAGUGCGGCCCUGAAGCACCCCUUCAUCUCCACGCAGCCGCUCAAGCAGAACUACCACCUCACCCAGUACUACGAGUGCUGCCUGCGGAGCCUCCGCGAGUCCCUGCCCAGCCGCGGCACGGCCCCGGCCCCGGCGGGGGGCAGGCAGCUCUGCACCGCCGUGGAGGAGGAGCGCUUCUUCCCCACACCGGAGCCCUGCCCGGAGACUGUGCCCGGCGUCCAGAAGACCACCACCCAGAUGGACGACCUCAGCAUUGCGGAGGCCCACCGGGAGGCGCCCCUGAACGUGUGGGGUGAAGCGCCCUGCGCGGGGGGGCUUUUUGAGUCCCCCUCCGGCCCCACAGAGGCGGCCUCCGGCUGGCGCAAGGCCACCCACCCGACCCUCCGGCUGCGCCACGAGCCCGCGCAGCAGGAGCCCAUCCCGGCCUACUACAGGGCCCGGCACGGCAGCCCCAAGCACCGCACGGCGGCCCCCCAUGCCAAGCCGGACCCCAGCUUUGAAAACCUGAUCCUGCUGGGGCAGUACUCCCCCGAAGGCCCACCAAGCUGGGAGGAGGAGAGCAACCCCAGCACGGCCUCCCUGCCAGAGCCCCACGCGAGGGAGGAGCCCAGCUGCCCCCAGGGCCGUGCGCUCUCGCCCGCUGCUCAGAGAGCGCAGGCGGAGGGGUUCGAGCCAGGCCCGCAGCUGCCCGGGCCCCCCGCCUGGCUGCCCCGCGACGACUGGCUGGCGGAGCACAGCACGGACAGGGGCCCGCUCAAGACCGUGCGGCACACCCCCCGGAAUCGCCACCCGCUGCAGCCGUACCUGCAGCACAUCGCCAGCCACCACUGA